CAACGAACGCCUCAAUAGAAAACGAAAUAUGAUAUCUAUAUGCCGCUGCGCAGAUAGUUGCGUAUAUUAUCAAUACACUUCCAACUCUUCAACAUAGUCCUGCGACUCGCUAUCCUACUACUGUGGAUUUAUCUCUUCAUUGCCUAAUUCAACAUCACAACACCAGCUCUCAUAUAAUCAAGAAGCAACAUGACAGCACAAAGCACAUCCUCGCCGGCCGAGACGCGCGCGCGCAUUGCCAAAAUGUACCGCGACGUAGCUGCGCCCUGCAUGUCUGCCGCUGAAUUUGCCCUCAUCAAGAGCAUGAUCGACUUCAAGGCAUUUGACGUGAUUCCCGAGGAAGGCGAUAUUGCCAUUGCAGACAUCGCCACCAAGGUUGGUGGUACUGAGGAGGUUCUGAUCCGUAUCACCAACUUCCUUGUCGCCCGAGAGGUCCUCGCCUCGCCUGCUACCGGCCGCGUUGCCCACACACCGCAGUCACUGCUCUACCGAUCGGACCAGCCCACUGCAUGGCUGUACAUUCACAUGUUCAACAAUGCCCUGCGCUCGUUUGCUCAGCUUCCUACCUUCUUUGCCAAAUUUGGCCUGUCGUCGCCCAAGAGCGUCCGCACCACCCCGUUGGGCCUGGCUCACGGCGAGGAGGACAAGCCGCAUUAUGAGAUCAUCGUGGAUGACAAGUCGGUGCACAAGGGCUUCAAUGAGGCUCUGGGUGCUGUGGGCGACAUGUAUUCGCUGAAGGGUGUCUAUGAUUUUGGUUGGAUUCGCGAGGCGCUGGACGCCAACACGGACAGACUCGCUAUUGUAGAUUUCGGUGGUUGCCUUUUUAUUUUUUUUUGGGAUAUCGUGCGCAGCAAUGCUUACAUCCCAGCUGAGCGUUGUGCCAUCUUGGAUUUGCCUCAGGUUAUUGAGAACACGCGCGCCAACGUCGCCAAGAAUGACGAUGAGCUGCAGCACAUUGGUCUCAUUCCUGGCAGCAUGUUCGAGGAGCUUCCUGAGAAGGCUCGCGGUGCUUGUGUCUUCCAGAUCCGUCGUGUUCUCAACGAUUUCCCUGAUGAGGAGGUCGUCAAGGCAUUGACCAACAUCCGCAAGGCCUUGGCUCCUGACUCUCGCCUGUUGAUCAUUGAGGAGAUGCUCAACCCCAAGAUUCCUCUCAACACUGGCCUUGACAUUUUCCUGAUGAUGGGCGCCGGCAAGAGACGAAACGCUGAAAUGUUCAGCAAGCUUGCUGAGCCAGCUGGAUUCAAGCUGAAUGCUGAAUUCUCCAACGUCAAUGCCGAAUUCGACGACUUUGGCGUGCUCGAAUUCAUCCCCAUAUAAUCAUAUGAUGUUAUGUAUACAGAAAAUUUGUACCUCAAAACAAUGUUUAUUUAUUUAUUUAUUUUAGCCUCUUACUUUUAGUAUGGCUCGCUUGUCGUGGUGGUAUGUGAUGAUGCCACUGUCUGCCCCGAGCACCUACCUCA